AAACAUCUUAAUACUUGUUCCGACGAUGAACGAAGGUCGUUUGGAACGACAUGAGGGUGAGUAAUUAAUUUCUUUUUGGGGUUAAGGUUUACGUUGCAAUGUUCAUGAAUCUUUGUUUUACAUUAGUACUGAGUAAUAGCCUACUAAUGAACUGCGAAGCCUACUUAUUUUGUGGAAAUUCUUGUUAAUUGUAGCGUGUAGCGCGGGCACUCUAAUAUAACCUAUGAUUAUGAGACUAUAGCCUAUAAUCAGCCUGCAUAAUAAGUGUGUCACUGUCACUCAUCCACUAGAGUUUUUUUUUCCCCAUCCCAGGGUUUUCCAGUGCGCGCAGUUCAUGUAGUUUACUCAUUUCACGCCGCUUUACUCUCCUCCCGUUUCCUCCUCCCGUCCAGUGAGUGUGAGCCUGCAGACCUGAGCGCAUCCCUACCGAAACAACACCACCGCGGCACUUCACGCGCUGUUUUUCUUUUAAUGUGCAGAACGAGGUUUAAAUGCCACAUCGGAAUAUCGAAUUGUGAUUAGAAUCUCCCUCGCGAGUGUUUAUGCAAAUGGACUAACAGCGUACGUGCGACUCCAAUCGCACACUGGCUUGAACCGCGCGGUGUGAGCCACACCAUCUGAACAUCAACUCAACACUGGCCACCUUUGCAACCUCAGUUGUCUCUAUGGAAACAGAGUACCAUCAGGCGUCAUUGGGCUCUCUGGUUUGUACCCAAGACGAGGAGGCAAUGAGCUGCCAGGUCCCGGGCCCUGUUACAUAUCAGCCGGGGACCACCGGAGCGGGAUCGGACUCCUUCCCAUGUCUGCGCCCCCUCUCUCUCCCCCAGCAGUCCAACGAGGAGGCACGAUGCUCUGGAGAGGUCAUCGUUAUGGUCAAGGACAAAACAGAGAGUGUUGAUGGGAUUUGUUCUUCCCCAAACGAUGCCUUUGCAUCCAAACCAAUUCUCUCCUCUCCUCCUCGCCGGCAUCAUUCUCUUCCUCAUUCGCACCAUCCACAUGUGGGCCGCACCCGGAUGGGCAGCCGCUCCAGCUCCAUCGCCUACACAGCGUUCUCCCCGCGGCCCUCUAUUUCACGCCAUUCUAGUAUCGCCACCAACCCCCCUAUGGACCGCUCCAAACCCAAAGACUACCUCAUCCUCGCUGUCAUCGCUUGCUUCUGCCCUGUCUGGCCAAUCAACAUUGUGGGAUUUGUUUACUCCAUCAUGUCCCGGAACAGUCUGGAGCAGGGGAACGUAGACGGAGCGAGACGCUUGGGUCGCGUGGCGAAGCUGCUUUCUGUGGUCUCACUGGUGGGAGGAGCGCUCAUCAUUGUAGCAUGCGCCGUGAAUCUGUCAAUUAAUAUAAAAUCCUGAGUGCGGUGAGCGUGCCUGGAAUUCAGCUUCGCAUCAGACCACUGACCCGAACACCACGGCCCAUUUGUCUCGCCCCACUGCUGCUGUGACGGCAAUCGCUUCUCAGAGAGCAAUCGAUUAUCAAAUGCCUUUGCUCUCUGAAAGAACCCUUGGUAAUCUGCACCAACAUGCCACCCUUCAAACAGACGGAGCGGGAUACUUUCACUGAAGUCUCACAGUUAACUGAGAUUAGUUCCUUGGCACUUACUCAGAAGUUGUCGGAGCACUUCAUGGGUAACAGCUCUCUCACCUAAACUUGAACAAAUACUGCUCACAUUCUGUAAAGUCUGGCUGUACCACUCACACGCUGUCGUAGAGGAGAAUUGCUGGUAAAGCAAAAGUAUUUUUCCUUCUCCAGAAGCAGAAAACAAGCCAAAUCAAUAUACAGACGUGGGUUUGUCUGAUUAUUCCCUUUCAGUAUCCAAUGAGAGUCACAAGCCAAUUGCUCUGAAGAUUUUAAUGUGGCUCACUUGUGAUGAAGUGGACGUCGUCAGUCGUGAGAAAGCUCACGUAUAACUGGAGUCGUGAUCACAUCCUUAUAUCAGAGACACACUUGAUUCACUAUGUCGGCAACAUUUGUUCUGUUUUCAAAACCUCAUUUAUGAGAAGAUCACCUGUGAGUAAAGAGGAGAGAUAUCUUAGUAAAAAGAGUUAUCUUUAUUAUAUUAAUGUCAUUUUGUACUGUAAAUGAGAACUUUUAAAAAGGUGAGGAAAAAUGUUUGAUUUAUUUUCUGACAUCAUACAUUUAAAUCAUGAUACAUUUUAAUUAUUGUUUAAUAUUUCAUUUCACUUUAUCAAAUGACAAUCAAACCUUUUUUUUUGUCAUUUCACCAAGAAACUUUGACUGUUCUUGAACAUGACUUGUGUGUAGUCAUGCAUAGACAAAAUGUAGCUAAUAAUAAUGUUUUGGAAAAACCGAAAUUAUAAUUUCCAACAUCCUCACCCCCUUUUGAUAAAGCAAUAUGCAAGCACUCACAGGCAGGAUAGAUUUUCAUCACAUGGUAAAAGUGUUUCUGGAAAUAAUAAUCUUUAUUAAAACACACCAAUGUCUGCUGCAAACCUUUGUAUUGAACUGUGUUGUUGGGUUAUUUACAAACACUGUGUAAUCUGAAAUAUCUGUAGCUAAAUGUAGCCGAAUCACAACCGAAACUUGCAAUAUUGUAUUAAUUAGACGUUGUGUUAAUGAACUUUCCUGUAGAUCCAAAUGGGACAUUUGGCUGGUAAUACUGAGCUCAUGGGUUCUGGAAGCGAUUAUACUGCUGUAGGUGUUUGAGUUGUACUGUAUAUAAAAAGGAAUGUAAGAUGAUGAGAUUUUGACAAGUUGGGUUUGUAACAAUGGCGGUCAAUGUCAUCAUUCUCAUGGUUGCGAAUGAAUGGAUGUAGCUCGUGCAUUCCCUCUGUUUAGAUGCAAUGGUAUUGCAUAUGCUGUACUAUAGAAUUUGUGAAGUGUGAAUAAUUAUAUUUAUGGUAGGUCCUGUAGGUUCAAUCCAUGUAUUUAUUUAUAUCUUUUUUUUUAAAAAUAUUUUUAUUACAGCCUUUUAUUUUUCCUAAUAACCUUUUGGCAAAUGGAAAUACAUUCUUGUUUUAGUCUGUCCUGAUAGAAAGAUGAAGAGCUGAAAUGUAUGAAAUAUUUAGCUUUUACAAACAUUGUGCACUUAUUUUUGCAUGCACCUCUUCUUUCUCAAAUAUUUUGAUAGUCUUGUAAGCAGCACUAUUUCCCUCUAUGUAUACUCCUUAGGGAAACAGAAUAAAGCAUUAAAAAGAUGUGAAACAGCUGUGAA